AUGGUUGUCUUACACCCCUCAACGUUUUCAAAGAUCAGGGGUCUAUGCUAUGCCUUUUUUAGCAUAUUCCCACCAUUAACGCUGACGGCGAAGACGCUAGUGGUGGCCGUACUGGUGGUGGCGAAGACGCUGACCAUCACUACUGGCCGUAUUGGUGGUGGCGCGGCUACUAGCCACACUGGAUGGGGGUGGCGAGGCCACUGGGGGUUGCGAGCCCGCAGCGGCCUUGUGGAAGAUUACCGCAAAGCGGGUGAAGGGACUGGCCGCGGAUAUGACUCGGGGAAUGGCCGCGGCGGCAGUGUUGGUGGAGGUUCUGCGGAUGAUUUGGGUUUGGAUGGAGAGGUCGUCAGAGGCGGUUGUAGCAGUGGAUAUGGGACCGGAAGCGGAGGUGGAGACGAUGGAGGUGAUCAUGGCAGUGGGGUAACUACGAACUAA